AUGUUAAUAUAUCACCAGCGAGUCUGCAGCCUGACCUUUGACCUCGCAGUUUCAAGCUUUAGGGACGAGCCAAUCAGCUGGGUCAACGCAGAGACGCACAACCGUCAGGGCUUCGAGGCRGUGACGAGGCGACAAGGGAAGCACAAGCAGAGGGUCUGGCUGAAAAUUUCCUCCAGUGGUUUAAAAAUUGUGGAUGAGAGAACAGGGCUUGUUGUUUAUGAGCACGACAGAAACAGGAUUAGCUCUCCGACGAAAGAUGGGUUCGACCCCAGAGCUCUGGCCUACAUCUACCAAUACAAAGACGCCUACGUUCUCUUCUACAUCAAGAUGGCCUGCCAGGCAGAUCCGGUCCUUCUAGACAUAAAGGAAGUUUGCCAAGAAGUCCACCAAGAAAACUCCAACACAUCUACAGAAACCCAAAACAUUUCAUUAGUUGUUCUAAAUGAGGCUUCAGCCGCUCCACCUGAGGGAGCAGCUCUUGAAGAUUUGUUCAGUCCACAACCCGAGCCGUCAUCAUCAUCACCUUCGUCAUCAUCYGGACAAACAAACCAGGUUUCUGUAAAUACCGAGUUGAUGGAAGUGUUUUCACCUCAGCUGGAGCAGCCUCUGCCCCCCUCUCAGAUGUCUUGCAUCAGUCAGCCUGAGUCUCCACAGCCAACACUCUCCACCGCUCAGAUUUUAUCCAUGUUCCCUACACAGCCAGGGGGCUCUCCYUUCACCCCGCCUCCGUAUUCUCCCACCGCAGUGCCCUGGGGUCAUCAGGGGCUGAUGGGAAAUCAGUGGGCAGGUCCUUGGCCCUCUGUGCCYGGUGUGCCAGGUGUGCCYGCCUGGGCGCCACCGGGUGUCACAGCACCUCCAGCAGGAGGUCAGCCACAGGCGUGCAGCGUGGCGAGCCCUCAGCCGGGGUUUAUGAUGGGCGGGGGUCCUGCUGCUUCGCUGGUUCCUAACAGCCCUUUAGAGACCCUUCCUACUGCCACAGGAUCAGCUGGUYACCUGGGACCCCCCACCUUUAACAGCCACUCCCUUCUGUGA